AUGAGGGGGAAACUGAAGCAUAUCCAGUCCUACAUCACGUCUCUCGAGUAUAACUACACGGGCGAAGCCUUCUUCGUGAAAAAGAAGGACCGCGGGUUCAGACACGUGACGUCCACAGCCAAGCUGAUUAUCCGCGAGGCGCUGCCGAUCCAAUGCGUCGAGGCUGUCUUCGUCGGGGCGUAUCUUACCGCGGACAUGGCUGAGGUGGAUCGUUUUCCUGUAUGCUUCCGAUCGUCUCUGGAUGGGCGCGUGUACAGGCACAUUGUCCUAGCCGUGCGUAGUGGGGGGAAGUGGGGUUCUCUGGGUCUGAGUCGCCGCGACAAGCUCAUGUACAAGGAACUGAAGUACGACCUGUUUUCGAAGCUUGUAGGCGACUUCAGGGAAUCGUACGCUAGCAGCUGGCACCGCCUGGAACAGGUCUGGGUAGGCUUCCCUCUUCCUCAUGACAUAUCUUCCAACGUGGCCAUCAAGUGGAAGGUAUUGGUGGUGUGA